AUGGCUGUGGUGAGGAAGCGUGCUGGCCGAUUUCGUGUACCGGAAGAUAUUACAAAGUUUGGUGGUGAAGUGCACACGGAUAUCAACAAUGACUGGUCAUUGGGUGGAAGAAUAAAUCGUUGUUUGGCCAAUGACGUUGACUUGCUCACAAAUCAACAUUUGGAUAUAGACGCUCACUGCGGUUUCCCUGCAGCAAACCGCGGUGUCAUUCGAAAAAACGCGAGUAACCGCGGUUUUAUUCGAAAACUUUCUCCGUGGGUAGUGCCUGUAUAA